CUGAAUGUUCUGUAUGUUUCAGGUGGAUGUUAUCUGGGCCACUAAGAAAUUGGGUCUGAAAAUACCUCCAGGGUCUGUCCCACACUGACCUGAAAAGUCUGUAAAGAGAAUACACUUUGGGCACCAGAUCUUAGCCCCGACUAAGAGGCCACUCUUCUUGGUAACCUGGUAUUGUCUUCAAGCCAGGCUGAGCCCUUUGAAGUCUCUUAAGUGGAUGGAAAAGUACAUUUUCCCUGUCUCCAUCCUCCUUUGUGCAGCAAUAGCACCUCAGUAUCGAAGUGGGCAUGUUGUGCCUCAAGAUCAAAGACAUUUGCUAAGGUCCGUUGCAGCUAUGCAAGACCAUGUGACUACUACGUCAGUUCAUAUAGAGUCUGAUGGAAGGAAGAAUUGAUCUGUCAGCUGCCAUUUUGCCUCAGUCAAAAACUUGCCCCAUUGGGCAUUAAUUUCCUCGCACUUCCCAAUUGCACAUAUGCGGGCAAUGUAUAUACAUGUGGGCAGGUCUUUCCUCCAGGAAAACCUGGAGGCGGAAGUGAGAGAAGUGGGGCGUGGGCACAAAGGGUGGGUUUGGGGAAACAGCAGACAACUCAGGACUUUUGAGUUUGUCCCUCCCGGAGCAAAAGCUUGAACCGACACAACCGGCUGAAAUCCUCCCUGGUUCCUCCCUCCUGCAAACGACUUUGAUAUUUAUUGCAGCUGCCUGUGUUUGCAGCGCUCUCCCGGCUCUGCUCCGUCCCAGAAGAGGCACCGGCACGUCUCGCUGCCCGCGUCCUGUAGCCCUACCUCUGUGCAGCCCUUCCCUCCCCAGUAAAAUGUUCUCAGCGCACAAAAGCCGCCGCUGAAGGGAAGGAACAGCUUCGGGCCGAGAGGGAGGGAGCUGGCCGGCUGCACCAUCUGCAGUGGAAAACGGACGCCGCUCACCCCGCCUAGGAAACUAAUGGAGCGUCCCUAAGAGACCCAAACUCCAGCUUGGCUCACCCCAGCUUUCUCCCCCACCUCCAGACCCCCAGCCAAGCCGCAAUGAAGAGCUUCUUACAGUGAAAGGAAAGUAGGUCUCGCCCACUGAAAAUGCCUUUAAGGGACAAAUACUGUCAGACUGACCACCAUCAUCACGGAUGCUGUGAACCAGUUUAUAUCCUGGAACCUGGAGAUGCUCCUUUGUUACAGCAACCACUACAGACAUCCAAAUCUGGUAUUCAGCAAAUAAUUGAGUGCUUUCGAUCAGGAACUAAACAACUUAAGCAUAUUUUAUUAAAAGACGUGGACACUAUUUUUGAAUGUAAAUUAUGCCGCAGUCUCUUCAGAGGAUUACCAAAUUUAAUUACCCAUAAAAAAUUCUACUGCCCACCAAGUCUCCAGAUGGAUGACAACCUUCCUGAUGUAAAUGAUAAACAAAGUCAAGCCAUAAACGAUCUCCUAGAAGCCAUAUAUCCAAGUGUGGACAAGCGAGAAUAUAUUAUUAAGCUAGAACCCAUAGAAACUAAUCAAAAUGCAGUGUUUCAGUAUAUUUCAAGGACUGAUAAUCCUACUGAAGUCACAGAGUCAAGCAGUACUCCUGAACAAACCGAAGUUCAAAUACAGGAAACUAGCACUGAACAGUCUAAAACAGUACCAGUUAUAGAUACAGAGGUGGAAACUGUAGAGCCCCCUCCUGUUGAGAUUGUUGCAGAUGAAGUUGCACCUACAUCUGAUGAGCAACCUCAGGAAUCACAGGCUGACUUGGAAACUUCUGACAAUUCUGAUUUUGGUCACCAGUUGAUAUGUUGUCUUUGUAGAAAAGAAUUCAAUUCCAGACGAGGCGUUCGUCGUCACAUUCGAAAAGUACACAAGAAAAAGAUGGAAGAACUAAAAAAGUACAUUGAAACACGAAAGAAUCCAAACCAGUCCUCUAAAGGACGCAGUAAGAAUGUUCUAGUUCCAUUAAGUAGGAGUUGUCCAGUAUGUUGUAAAUCAUUUGCUACAAAAGCGAAUGUAAGGAGGCAUUUUGAUGAAGUUCAUAGAGGACUAAGGAGGGAUUCAAUUACUCCUGAUAUAGCAACAAAGCCUGGGCAACCUUUGUUCCUGGAUUCUGUUUCUCCUAAAAAAUCUUUUAAGACUCGAAAACAAAAGUCGUCUUCAAAGGCUGAAUACAAUUUAACUGCAUGCAAAUGCCUCCUUUGCAAGAGGAAAUAUAGUUCACAAAUAAUGCUUAAAAGACAUAUGCAAAUUGUCCACAAGAUAACUCUUUCUGGAACAAACUCUAAAAGAGAGAAAGGCCCUAAUAAUACUGCCAGCAGUUCAGAAAUAAAAGUUAAAGUUGAACCAGCAGAUUCUGUAGAAUCUUCACCCCCUUCCAUUACCCAUUCUCCACAGAAUGAAUUAAAGGGAACAAAUCAUUCAAAUGAAAAAAAGAACACACCGGCAGCACAGAAAAAUAAAGUUAAACAAGACUCUGAAAGCCCUAAAUCAACUAGUCCGUCUGCUGCAGGUGGCCAGCAGAAAACCAGGAAACCAAAACUUUCAGCUGGCUUUGACUUUAAGCAACUUUACUGUAAACUUUGUAAACGUCAGUUUACUUCCAAACAGAACUUGACUAAACACAUUGAGUUGCACACAGAUGGGAAUAACAUUUAUGUUAAAUUCUACAAGUGUCCUCUUUGCACUUAUGAAACUCGUCGGAAGCGCGAUGUGAUACGACAUAUAACUGUGGUUCAUAAAAAGUCAUCCCGCUAUCUUGGGAAAAUAACAGCCAGUUUAGAGAUCAGAGCUAUAAAGAAGCCCAUUGAUUUUGUUCUAAAUAAAGUGGCAAAAAGAGGCCCUUCGAGGGAUGAGGCAAAACAUAGUGAUUCAAAACAUGAUGGCACUUCUAACUCUCCUAGUAAAAAGUAUGAAGUAGCUGACGUUGGUAUUGAAGUAAAAGUCACAAAAAACUUUUCUCUUCACAGAUGCAAUAAAUGUGGAAAGGCAUUUGCCAAAAAGACUUAUCUUGAACAUCAUAAGAAAACUCAUAAGGCAAAUGCUUCCAAUUCACCUGAAGGAAACAAAACCAAAGGCCGAAGUACAAGAUCUAAGGCUCUUGUCUGCCUCGGGAAGCCGUCGCCCCGCAGCGCCGCCGCCCUGCGCCCGGCCGCCCCGGGGAGCCGCUGCCCGCCCGCGGGCGCCGUCACCACGCGCCAGGCCGCCGCCAGCUGCCGCGCCAAGCUCCGCGGCGGCGCCGCCCGGGAGCGCCAGCACGCCGCCCGCGGCCUCGGGAAGCCCGCGCCGCCGUGAGCGCCGCCGCCCGGCCACCGGCGGGACCACGCCAGCGCUCCGCACCGCCCGAGGACCUCAGGCGCCCCCGCCGCGUCCCGCCUUCUUCCCCGCGCGCCCUGCAGACCGUCCCGGGCUCGGGCAAGUCCGCUCCGACGGCAGCGAACUCCGCGGUGUGCUCAGCUGUUCGCAGACCUCCCUUCACCCGCUCGCUGUGACCGAACCUGGCUCGCCUCACAACUCUUGCCCACGAAGCCCCUCAGGAGGACCGUGUGCCUUAGGGCCGGCGGGUCGGGAGGUUGGCCUCCUUGCUAGUCUUUGCUGCUCUCCGAGCGUAACUUCCUCAUCCUGCCAAAACCCCGGCUUUUUUUUUUUUUUUUUUAAAGAAUCUUCCCACUGGACGGUAGCAACCUCUUUCCCUCCUUGUAAUUUAUCCACUUCCUAGGCAGUUUCUUUCGUUAUUAGUUCUUCAAAGGCCAGCUCCCGCUUUAGUCUUCUUCACCUCAAAUCCUAUCAUCAACAAGCUCCUCCCCACCCCUGUCCCACUGUCUGCCAGAGAUUGGUUUAGUGAGUGUGCAAAUCCCCGAUGACUGCGGGGUCACCGACACAGUCUGGAGUGUGUAAUGCGUAACUGGUUGAACUCGAACUCCAACAUCCUUGUAACUUCCCUCCUCGUAACUUCAUCCCCAGUGACCAUUUCUUCCCCUAGGAAUCAGUCCUUGCCCCCAUGGUUCUAGACUGCAUCCCGGGAGAUCCACUACCGGGUUUGCACUGAAGCCAUGCUCCUCCUGGCUACUCCCAGUCCCUAACUGAGCCUCGUGUGGGUAUUUGUGAUGGUCCAUUCAUGUGACAUGCAGGACUCCUCUAAGGAGCAGCUUUGUCUCGGGGACUCCUCAGCAGCCUGGUUGAACUUUCUUAGAGCCGCGCUGCGUGCAGUCUAAGGCUCUUCUUGCUGGAUCCCCUUCUUUCAUAGGUGUCAGACUUGCAUUAUGGUAUGAAGUCCUUCCCCUCCCUGCUCCUGUUUCCUUACCUUUCUCCUUCACAGAUGUCCCCUCAAUAAAACUCUUGCAAAUUGAAGGCUGCCUUGGUGUCUGCUUCUAGAAGGACCUGAGCUAACAGGUUCUCAGACAUUCCACUCUGAUCAUCUUCCUAUCCUUCUGGAUCCCUUGUUUACUGACAGCUAAUUCAUUAACUUCAUUUUCCCCACUACCAGCCCCUGUUCUAGAUUCACUUCCUUCCUUGUCUCGCCUGGAUGCCACGGUCCAUCAUUAUAAUCCUUGAAAUAUAGUGCUCUCAGCAAUCUUUAACCUCAAUUUCUUCCAAUUUACUUUCCCUGUAAACUCCCAGCUCUGGACAAACUUUACCAUCUGCCUUCCAUGGGCUUUAUUGGGACAACUGAACAUUUUCUUUAAGAAAAUCACACAGUGCAGUUAGUUUCACUUUCAACUCAUGAUUUCCAACCUCAAAUUGGUGCUGUUGUUCCCACUGUAGUUUCAGUUUCCCACUUCUAAUGCAUAUACCUUUUCAUCUCUCCUCAAAUUUUCUGAUCCCUUCCUACCUGUUUACUUCAAACUUCCCUUGGAAAAGAGAAGAUACUGCAUAAAAACCUCCUCAUCUUCCCACCACAAAACCCUCCUACCCUCCAACCUCCCAACCCAGCUACCUUGGUAACCUCCUCCUUCCUUUUUGUGACUAUGGAGGAAAUUUCAAAUUCCAGCCCCUCUUCUUGUGCUCUGGAUCCCAUUCCCUGUCGCCUUUCCAAGGACUUUUCUCCUUAGGUUUUCCCCUUUCUCUCUUCUACAUCAUCAGUCCCUGUCUUGAAUGGAUCAUUCUCAUCUCCCUGCAGACAUGUUCCAGCGUCCUCAAUCUAAACCACGUCUUUCCCACCAGUAGCCAUUUCUCAGCUCUCCUUCGUAACCAAACUCUGUGGAGUUAUCUUUAUAUAUUGUCUUCAUCUAAUCUUCCAAUUGCUUUCAAUCCACAAUGUGACUCCCCUUGCCCCACCACUGAAAGUGUCCUUGUUAAGAUUACCAGUCACUUCCGUGUUAUCCUAACAAAGGAGGAUACCUUUCUGUCCUCACCUUGACCACUCUCUGCUUUUUAAAUGUUCUGUCUUCUUAUCCAAGGCACUGUUGUCUCCUGGUUUUCCUCCUCCUUCACUGCUCAGUGUUAUACUUCUUCUGCCAGGCUUUGAGAAGUUGAGGUCUCUCACCUCCAUUCAGCUCCCUCUUUUCUUUCCAUGUACUUUCUCAGGACAGUCUUAACAAUUUCCAUCCAUUUAAGUACUGUCUUUGUGCUAAAGGUUUCAACUUUGUUUCCCCCCUUGACCUGUAAAUUCUAGACUCUUUCUAAUUGUUUGCUUAAUAUCUUCCUUUGGAUGACUCAGAUCUUUCAAACUCAACAUGUCCAAAAUCGAAUUCCUCAUUCUCAUCCCAAACCUGUUUCCUCUCACCUUCUCUAUUACAGUAAAUAGCACCGCCGUCCAACAACCAAGCUCGAAACCUAGGAGUCACCCUUGAUCCUUUGAUGACUUCUUUUUUACAUCAAAUAGGCCAGCAUAAUCUAUGAGCUUCAUCUCCAAAAUACACCUUUAAUCUGUCUGCUUCUUUCCAUUUUCAAUGCUAUUAUUUAAUCCUGAUGAGUAUUUUUUCUCACUUGAUUACUGUGAUCGCCAGUCAUACCUAUUCUCUCUGCUUCUACUCUUGACCCACCACCCACUUCGGCACAUUCUUGGUAGAGUGGAAACAAUGAUCAUAACUUGAGUUGAGUAAAUUGUUGCUCACAGGAUAAAAGCUAAACCCCCUGCCAUGGCCUACAGAGUGCUGUGUGAACUGACCCUUACUGUUCUCUCCACCCCCAACCAUGCUCCCCUCUUUAUUGCCCACUGUGAUGCAGCUGCACUGGUUCCUCCAACAUGCCAAGAUCUAUUUUGCACCUCAGGGGCUUAGGAAAUGCUGUUAUCUCUGCUUAAGCUGCUCUCCUUGGCUGUCCUUUAUGUGACACUUAAAUACAUCCUGAGAAAGCCCUGCCCACAGCAUUGCUUGAAAGUAGUCCUCACCACUCUUCUCCCAGUUUUUUGUUUGUUUCCUUCAUUACUCAAUCCCUUUUCUCAAUUUGUAACUUUAUUUAUUUGUCUAUUUACUUUUUGUAUGUGUGUCUGUUUCUCAUUCUGGAAUGAAUGAGGGAAGAGACUGUGUCUGGAUGUCUAGAUUCUUCAACACUGUAUGUCCAGCCCCUAGCACAACUUGGCACAUAUCAGAUGCACAAUAAAUACCUGUUGAAGGAACAAAUAAACACCUUUGCUAAUUUUUUAGUUGGGAGUUCACUUUUUAUUGAUUUCUAAGAGCUCUUUAUAUAUUAAAAUAAUCAACUAUUUGUUCAAUAUGCUGCAGACAUUAUGCCCCUUGUCAUAUAUGUACCAAUUUAAUUCAUGAUGUCUUUGAUAUAUAGAAAUAUUACAUUUUCCAUUUAGAUAAAUCUAUCUUUUCUUUCAUGAUUUCUGCUCUUGGUGAUAUGUUUUAAAAAAGUCUUCUCCAUCUCAAUGUUAUAUAAAUAUUUGUUUAUGUUUUCUUUUCUCUUAAUUUUUAAAGAUUGAAAUCUUUACUCCAAAUGGAAUUUAUUUUUGAUAUAGAUGUGAUUAAGGCUCUAACUAUUUAUUUAGUUGUUGCAUCAUCGUUUAUUGAAAACUCCCUCUUCCAUUGUUUUAAACCACAUUUACCAAAUAUUAAAUUCUUAAAUACA